AUGCGUGUCCAAAAACUCGUUGCACUACGCACAGACCCUUCUUCCUCAUCUCAUAACAGAGCUUCGACAGUCUCCCUUCAGCUCUUUUUUUCACCAAAACAUGCAAAAGAAAAGAAUCAAGCUUCUGUAAAGCUAUAUUUUGACCCAGGAGUUCACGCAGAACACUUUGUACGCUUACUGCAGCGGCAAUUUUUCGAACUUCGAUUAACCUUUUCUCAACAUCAGAUGCCUCUGGUCAAGCUUCCACCAGAUUACCAUUGGUACGAUUCUGCUCCGAAUGAAAGCUUACUUGAAUCUCAUACUAAGCAAAAAACGGAUGGAGUAGCAAUUAAGAAACCAGAUUUUGCUGCGAUGGCAAUGGCCUAUCGUGCCUAUUGCGACGAUCUUGGUAUUCAGUAUCGUGACAGUAUAUCAGCUCGUUUAAAGGAAUGUGCCACGACAUCUGGAUGCAUAGACUUUCAAUAUUGUCUCGGUUUUCCGGCUGGAGUUAGUACUUUCGAUCACCUAUCAAAUAACGUAGUUACUCCACUACAUGCAUUUGCCAGCUCAGUAGCUAGUAAAUACUUUCCUGGAUUACGACCAAACUAUCUGUCGAAAGAAAUUCAGGCUCUUGCUCGAACACUAAAGCACGCGAUGUGUUUUAGCGAUGUUAUCAUAUGUGACCUUGCAAUGGGACAAGCAAGCUUGGCUAUUCUUUUUAAAGCAUUGCUGUCGCCAGUGUGCACAAUUACAGGCUUUACUUUCACAAACGUACAGUUAUCAAUUCGAGCGCUGCGUAUCCUUCGACAAGUUGUGCUUGAGUCGAUGACGCAGCAAACUGGUAACACCAUGAGGAAUUUGCAACUUCAGCGUCUGGAUCUAUCAUUUAACCAUUUUACGGCAAACAUGGCUAUCGAGCUAUCAACUAUUCUUCAACUGCUACCAAAUGGCCUCGAGACCCUUCAUCUUGAAAGCUUUUUCUGUUUCCUUAUUGGAGCUCAAUAUCGCAAGUAA